AUGGACUUUCUCCACGGCCUUUCUGGAACGUUUCUUUCAAUCAUUUGCCGUGAGCAUAAGCCUCAGCGGCCUCUGAACAUCGAGGACCGCCCGGCCAUCCCCCUACCGCACGCGUAUCUCGAGGGCAUAAUCAGAGAAAUCAAGGCUAGGGGUGACUUCACCCACGAGGCGUGGGAGGAGUGUCUCACCGCCCUAGAAGCGCUCAGAAGCGAAGACGAGCCAAACGGAUUCGAAGUGCUCGAUGCUGUCAACGACGCCUACCGAGAGGUGGUCGGCGACCUUAAGGAAAUUGUGGAGUUGCAGCGGGAUGCGAACGAGGACAUGAGUAUCAUGCUCCGCCCUGAGCUUGACACGCUUGUCGAGGCGGACAAGACCCUCAUCGGAAUUGCAACUGGCGAGACCGGUGAAGCUGUCCCUAGGCACAUGGGAGUUGGAAAGCUGCACGAGGCCCUAGCGCAUUUGGAAAACUUCCUCAGGACCCAGAGAAACGCUGGUAUCGUGUUUACGAUGAUUUUGGAAAUCAUCAAGCUGCAACAGGCCAUAGAGGACAACGGGGAGGGCAAGUGGCUUCAGCCACUGAAGGAGACGCUCGGCGAUGCUCUUUAUGAGCAGAUUGUCCAAGCCGGGGCAAUUUGA